AUGGACAUGCCAUUGACCGAAUCCAGAAAUGACCCAAUCCAAAACCUCUAUGGCUCAGCUAAUGGAACGGUCGAGGAUCCCUUGGAGGAGGCUAACCAAGAAGAAGAAGAUGGUCAUGAACAUGACGAUGACGAAGAUGAUGAUGAGUACGAUGAGGAUUCUGACGGCGAGGGUGGGGAUGAUGACGAGGGGUAUGGAGGCGAAGAAGACGGCCAGAUAGAUGGACAUUUCAGUACCGAGAGUGCUGAGGAACGGAUGGAGCGAGAAGAAAGAGAAAAGGCAGAAGAGCUCGCAGAGUGGAAAGAGCAGAAGCUGGCCGUCAUCGAGAACGAAAUAAAGAAGGCAGCUGCGAACGAGAAGCAGCUGGACAAAGACGAUUUUCUCGCCACAUACGGAGAUGCCCUGGACCAUAUAAUGCAAGAGUCACCCAACAAAACAAACGUACUACACAUGCUGGCGAGAAACGCCUUUAAGUCUCCCAGCCAAUUUCCCGGUUGGAUUAUCGACUAUCUUCAUCACAACACCAUCAAAGACCCUCACGGCAAGACGAGUGACAGUCUGUCGAAGUUACUCGCCGACAAGGCACAAACCAACCCCAGUCUCGCGCUGGCAUUUGCUAUACGGUGGGAUAAUGAGCCGUUUAUUCAAGCCAUUCUGUCCAUAGAGAUGCAGCAAGGCGACGAGAGCCUCAGAGACAGCCUCAGAAAUAAUCUCCGAGAGCCGGUCGAUGGGCCGCGCAACUGCAUUCACUGGUCCAUUGAAAAUCUUCCCUCGAAGCUGACAGUACAGCUGAUUGAAAGGGCUACCGGUGAUGAGUGUCUGCUGGCUAGAGAUGGCGGAGGUUAUACGCCUCUGCAUUUAGCUGUCGAAUAUCCCAAGUGCUUGGGGCGGCUAGAGGUAAUCAAGGCUCUCCUCAAGCAUGGGGAGAGAGCCCUUGAUCAAAGGUGCAAAGAGGGUUUAUCAGUAUACAGGUACUAUCAGAAGACCAAGGCCGACUACCGAGCGAAGAUCCAAAAGGAGGCGUCCAGGAAGGCCGCUGAGCCAUCCAAGACCAAGUCGUUACCUGGGCGGACUGGCUCACACUUGAAGCAGGCUAAGGAGAAACAGCAAACUAUCAGGGAAGACUGGAGAGAAAAGGAAAAACGGAACGAUGUGGCAAAGCCUCUGCUUGAUGAUAAAGACAAGAGCCGAAACGGAAUGCGAAACGGAUUCACAGCCGAUGUGGAACUUCGCAACCAAGGAGAGAGCGAAGAGCCGAUCAAGCCCCUCCAGCGAACUCUGACUGGAUCUCAAGAAAUAUCCACGGUCCCCAAGGCAGCAGUGCCAGCAAAUAAGAGAAGGUCAUCCGCCAAAAAGUUGACCAACGGCAAGAAGGUGGCAAUGUCAUCUAAGUCAGCCAAGGAGAAGGAGAGGGUAGAAGAGGAGAUCGAGGACGAGAUAAAGCUCCAGUAUUUUCGAUCUACCUUCAAGCUUCCAAAGGCGGAUCGAGACGUCAAGUCAGCCAACGAAUUUUUAUACGCUCAAGGAAAAGGUCCUUCUUUUCUGGAACAACAUGUUUUCACGACUGUCUACGGCCCCAAAGAAUUCGACCAAACGCUCCAUCACGUGGCAGUAGAUCGCAUUAUCCUCAAACAGACGAAGAACAAGGAGGCUGGGAGAACAGACAUGGAGAUUAUCUUCAAGUUACUCAAGGACAAGGGUGUACGCCACAUCGUCAAAGUGAUUGUAUUCGAUUCCGAAAUGCCGCCCCAUAGCGACGAGUCGAUCGAAAGAUGUCUUCUUGGAUUCAAGUCGAUUGAGAUACUCGACUGGCGAAAGGUCGAUCUGUGCCCCGAGACAAUAUUGAAAGCUUGCCCCAAGGUCGUGGAGCUACACCUUUGGUGGAGUGGUAAUAAUGCCAUUCUAAUAGCUUGGAGUGCUCCGGGUGGCCUGGCCAAGCUUCCGCGCUUAAGAGAAAUUCAUUUACAUCAAACUAAGACAGGUCUCAUUUCUAACGGAGAAGCACAGUGCAUCGAAUCGGCCGAGCGGGACAAACAGAACCUACAGCGUUUCAAAGAGAGGAUCCAAAGAGAUCGCAUAGCGCAACGACCCAAAGAGUAUGGGCCAGAAGAAAGGAAAACCUUGCCACUCUCAGGCCAGAGUUCGACAGUAACUGUCCUGGAUAUGUGGCCCGAUAUAACCGUGGACGAGUCGGACACCAACAACGCGGUCCACGGCCGCUCUACGGUAUCCCAUGGCCAGCAACCGAGCCAAACAGCCGCACGGUAUCGGAGGCGGCGGCAUGAUUGGUUGGACGUUAUGGACAAAUUUGCGGCCGGUAUCGAUCUCAUCGACAUGGAGCGGACUCACCCACCGGAUAUCUUCGGCGAAGAUGUGAGGGUAGCUUUGAUCGAUGACGGCGUCGAGAUAACAAACAAGAAGCUCACAGAUCGCAUCUACAACGGCUGGACGUGCGACACUGGGUACGAGGGCGACGGGCUGGAGGGCAUUCCGAGGCCCUACACCAGCUCCGAGACGCAGCACGGCACCUUCAUGGCAUCGACCAUUUGUCGCAUCUGCCCAAGAGCCAAGAUCUUCGUGUUCCGUCUCGACGUGGUGUCGACACCUGGGGAACGGGCCCAUUUUACUGCCAAGAGUGCGGCAGAUGCCCUCGAGUUAGCCAUCGAUCCCAGUCGAAAGUUUGACAUCAUCUCUAUGUCGUGGACUAUUGUUAAAAACGAGACGAACGCGCAUGACAUCGAAAGGCUCGAUAGAGCUCUGAGAAAAGCGGAUGACAGGAAAUCCUUGCUACUUUUCUGCGCAUCUCCGGACAACGGCGAAAUGGCCGACGCAAAAGCCGAGACUUUCUAUCCUUUUGGCUGCGAGAACGUCAACAGCCUCUUCAAGAUGGCGGCCGCAACUGUUGACGGCAAUCGCGUCUCAAUGGCAGGAUCACGCUUCGAUUACUCCCUCCCGGGCCACGAGGUCGAAGACAGCAGCCAGGGAAUCGGCGAAAUUGCCAGAGAGGCGCUUCAGAAGAAUCGGCAGGCCUCUGAAACCGAGCACAGCGGUCUGAAAACGGGGUCUUCCAUUGCCACGGCUCUUGGAGCUGGCCUGGCGGCGCUUAUCAUUUAUUGCGUCCGGCUCGGCGCCGCGUAUACGCACCGAGUCGACCGUUCUUCGGGCAACCCUGUAAACGCCGAUGCCGAUGCGGGCGUGCUGGGGCGCAAGUCUUUGGAGCUCAUCAAACAGCCAAAACACAUGCGGGAAGUUUUCAAACGCAUGUUGAACAAGAGCAGCUCUAGUGAUCGCUAUGUUGAGGUGUAUGACUAUUUCGGAAUUUUGGCAAACGAGCUCAAGACCCUGGGUCAGCAGAUCGAGGAGCUCAAAGACAGGAUUCAAAACGAAAUGCUUGAAGGAACUGCAGAAAGGGAAAUGGCAGAAAAGGAGCUACAGCAGAAGAAUGACGAACGGAUGGCGAAGAUUACCAAGUUGGCAACGAGAUUCGUCAGCACAUGA